CUCCCGACCCCUUCGCGGGGAGGCAGCGAGUCCCAGCCCGGCGCCCGCGCUGGCAGGGGGGUGCUGGCACCGGGGGGCACCGGGGUGGGCGCCUGGGAUGGAGCCAUGGAGAGGGCAUCCCCACACAGCGACAGCCUGCUCUACGCCUCGCUGAUCGUCAUCCUCCUCCUCAUCUCCUACUGGUUCACCACCAAGUGCUUCAAGAUCAUCAGCGGCAUCGAAGACAGCGCGGAGGACGAGUUCGAACUCUCCACCGUCUGCCAUCGCCCCGAGGGGCUGGAGCAGCUGCAGGAACAGACCAAGUUCAGCCGCAAGGAGCUGCAGGUCCUGUACCGGGGCUUCAAGAACGAGUGCCCGACUGGCCUCGUUAACGAGGAGAACUUCAAACAGAUCUACUCCCAGUUCUUCCCACAGGGAGACUCUGGCACGUACGCUGCUUUCCUCUUCAACGCGUUCGACACCGACCAUGACGGCUCGAUCAGCUUCGAGGACUUCGUGGCCGGCUUGUCCGUGAUUCUCCGAGGCACCAUAGACGACCGGCUCAGCUGGGCCUUCAACCUCUAUGACCUGAACAAAGACGGCUGCAUCACCAAAGAGGAAAUGCUGGACAUCAUGAAAUCCAUCUACGACAUGAUGGGCAAAUACACGUACCCGGCCAUGCGGGAGGAGGCCCCCCGGGAGCACAUGGAGAACUUUUUCCAGAAGAUGGACCGGAAUAAGGACGGGGUGGUCACCAUCGAGGAGUUCAUCGAGUCGUGUCAGAAGGACGAGAACAUCAUGAGAUCCAUGCAGCUCUUCGACAACGUGAUCUAGCCUCUGCCGGCCUCGCCACCGGGCCAAGCUCCCGCUUCUCUCUCGUCUCUUCCUCUGAGACCCUCCCGUCCUGGCUGCGCAGCCCCCCUGAAAGGGCUGGAUGGCGCCGCAGGGGAAGGAUUUGGGCUCCAGGAGACGGUGGCGGCACCUACGAUGAAGGGACCUUCCCUUGCCCUGGGGCUAGCGGCGGCUCUGCCUGCCGGGGGGACGUGCUCCUGGGGGCGGAGCGUGGGGGCAGAAGGCAAGCGCUGUCCCGGGGCACCUGGGCCCAAACGGACCUUCCUACGCCCAUAGCAGGGAAGCGGAGCUGCCUGGCUCUGGACAGCACCCACCCCGUCCUGCUAGGCCUCCACCGCGCAGCAAGCAGCUCCCGCACCCCGGCUCCCAGGGAGCCCCGCUCUGGAGGAUUCAGAGCUGGCUCCUUCCCUCCCUCGUCUCUGGCCCCAGCUCCCGGACGCUGUCCAGCGGGGGGGGGGGGGGGGAGUGGGUCCCGCACCCACCGGUUCCAGGUGCUUUUGGCAAACCUGGGCCAGUCCCCAUCGCCGUUCAUCACAGGGGCCGUCAGCCCGCCCGGGAGAUGCCCUCUGCUGCUUCCGCCUUCUCCGAGGGGGGUGGGCAGAGGGGCAGGGCCGGGUGCCCGGGAGGAGGCAGCCAGGCUGGGCACGUCCCUGCGCGCUCACGGGCGAGUGGCCUGCGUUAGGCGGCGGGAGCAGGAGGCUGGGCUGGCCUGAGAGCCCGGGGCAGGGAGCGGCUGGGGACUGGUCCGGGAAGCGCUGGGGCAGCGGCUGUCGGGGCCGAGCCAGGAGGCGCCGGUCUCGCACCACGUCCCAGCCGCUCGGGGAGCCGCACCGGGGCAGGGGGGUGGCCCCGUGGCUCCUGGCAGAGGGGCCUGGCUGGCAGGGCUGGUCAGCGUGGCGGGCAUCGAGCCCAGAGGAGCUGUGGGGGGGCUUGCAGACGGCUGGGGGCAGAGGGGGCGCCAGGAAUCCAGCUGGCACUUUGUGCCUGGGCGAAACGUUUCCCUUCGAUGAUCUAGCGCACGGGCCCGGCCCGGCCCAGGUUAGCCCCCGGGCUGUCACCGAUGCGAGGGGGCGGGGGGGCUGUCGUGGAGAAGCAGAGUCCAGUCCGGGGCUCAUGGCCAGGCUCCCUGGCCGGCUUUUCAGUUCCUGGCGCUCUACCGCUCCCGGGCCCUGCUCGCUGCUGGCUCCAGGGCACAACCUGCUUCUUUCCUGCCUGCGGCUCCCCGCUGCCCCGUCACUCCGGUCAGCCGCAGCGGGCGGCACGCGGCAGGGCCAGUGGGCACCGCUCCCUGGAGUGCCAGUGGCUCCGGGGUCUCCCCUGCCCAGCUGCUGAGAUCUCCCCCCCAGCCCUGCCAGCUGCCCCCCAGGGGAGAAAGGGGCUAGGAGCCCCGAGAGUGUCGCUCAGGCAGCUGCCGAGGGCCCUGUCCCCAGGCCGACGCGGGCGGGUGAUGGGGGCCGGGGGCUGCACAGAGGGUCCCAGAGGAGCCCAGAAGCCGGGCAGACGGCCGGGAUGGCGCUGGGUGAGGGGAUAGCUCGGCAGCCAGCCGGCCGUCUGCCUUGGGCCGACAUGGGGCAGGACAGGCUGGGAGCCAGAGCGACCCAGGGGGCUUGUGCCCUUCCCAGGCGUCAGCGCCGCCAGCGCCCGCCUGGCAGCCUGGUCCCUGGGUCCCUCUGAUGACAGGGGCGUGUCACUCCCUAGCGCCCCAGGGCAGGGCAGCCGUCCCCGCGGGCGUCUUCUCACCAGCAGCGGCCAGUGCCUGGGGCGUCAGAGGACAAUGUGGCCCCAUCUCCUGCCCUGCUCUGCAGAUUAGCUCCAGCCUGGCUCUGAGCCGCCACAGCCCCUUCAACGCGCUCUGCAGACGUGGUUCCUGGUCACAGCGAUGGCCUUGUUGGAGCCGUGCUGAGCCAGCUGCCAUUACAGUCUCCUGCAGCGGCAAGUUCCACAAGUCAAUUGCAUGCUGCACCAAGGCGCAUCCCGGGACCUGCCCCCCCGUCCCGGCCCCGCCAGGUGGGGUCUGCUCCCCGUUCCUGAGAGCUGAGUGGAGCCGUUCAGCUGGGCGGGGGGGCGGGCUCAGCGGGCUCCUAGCCUGCAGGCCUCGGCGGUGGUGGGAGUGGUGGGAUGAGCGCUGCUGCCAGGGCUCAGGGUGUGCGGCACAGGGCAGAGCCAGAGGCAGCCUGGGGAAUCUCCCCGGGGAAGCAGCUCCGUGAGCAGGGCCCAUCCGCUGGGAAAGCCGGGUCCAGCAGGCAGCCCUGGCCAGCCAUCACCCCUGGCUUUGGAGGGCUGUUCAUUCCCUGCCCAGCCCGCGUGGCCCGCGGCCUGUCCUGCUCUCGCUGGGUACGGGCAGGGGAGCCCUGUGCCCUGUGCCGCUGGAGCUCAGGUGGUGCCCGGGGCAGACAGCCCAGCCAGCGCCCGGCUGCCCAAGCUGCAGCGUCUGUCAGGGAGCGGGAGCCGAGGGCUGGGCUGGCGCCAGCUCAGCAGCGCCCAAGUGGGGGAGGCGGGAGGGCUUGUGGGGGCCACUGCUGAUUAGCAAAGGAAACGAGCCGGGCUGGAGCCGCCCUGUGCAUGGGCCCCUGUCCCUGGACGGGGACAGACCGGGAGGCUGGCGCCCCCCAGGUCGCUGGUGCUCAAGCCCCGCAUGCUCUGGGCCCGGGGCAGGACCAUCCCCCCCGGGGUUUUCUGCAGGCUGGGGAGCCGGGGCUCCCUCCCGUGCCCCACGAGCCGUUCCCAGCAGGGUCCGGCUCCCGGACGCUGGCCGACCAUGCGCCCUCCUCCUCCUGCCCCAGAGAUCUCGCUGUCAGGACGAGUUGUUCCAUCCCCCGGCCCUGCCCCAGGGCCCAGCUCUCAGCCCCACCCCUUGCUGGAACCGGCGCCCCAGCACGCUUGGCUCCUCGCGGCCCCCCCGCCCCAAGCCCCUAACCUGAGCGAGGGCCCCUUUGUGGGUGGGGCUGAGCCUCACUCUCAUCCAGACAGCCCCGCCCCCCUCCACCUGGUGGGGCUGGGGUCGCCCUGGGUUGGGGGGAGCAUUGUCCUUUCAGCUCCUCUCCUGCCCCGUGCGCCGGGGUCCAGCGCCAGUGCCCAGCCCCCGGCCGCAUGGCGUGUGCCCCUCACCGGGCGCUCGGCCCCACUAGCCGCUUCGCAUUUUCAACUCUGUAUAUUUUGUAUAAUAACAACGAUCAAAAGUACAAUAAAAUCCAACCACAGUCGCUA